AUGAAAUCAUUCUUGGGGUUGACGAAGCUAGGCAAUAGCGGCCGCAAAAAGGUGGCACCAGACCAGUUCAGCCAUAUCAAGUCGGGUAUGGAGACAAUGGGCACGCAAGAUUACGAGCCUCUGAAGCCUUUGCUAAUCUUGCUGGACUGUCAAAAGCGCAAGCCAUAUGUUUCGUGGGAUGAGGGAAACGAGCUGCUGCUGCAGGUGCGCGGGCUAACUGAAGUCCUGCCUGUCAGAAGCCUUGCGCUGCAGGGAACGCAGCUGCGCGUGAUAGUGGAGCCGGAAGAUAACGGCUAUGACAAUGUUAUGGUUUUGGACGUGGCCAACGGCGUCUCGCCAAGCGGCUGGAAGCUGGGGCAGACCUCGCUGGAGCUGAACGACGGCGCCAUGGUAUUCCUGUGUCGUUCUGUCGAGGCGCAGGCGCACCUACAGUUCCUGUAUGACAUGUGCAUGCUUUCGCGUUUCGAAAGCAUGUCUCUGUACAAAGCCCUAACUGCUACAGUAAUCUCGACUCAUGGGAGCCGUAUAUCUGAUAUAUCAUCGAUUCUGAUGUCACAGCGCAGCUACAAGGACUGGUGUUACAUUAGUAUCAAUGGUGAGUGGGUCAAGGCUUGGUGUCACGUAGAUCGGAGCCCCAAGCAUUCAGAUUCGCGGAAGGGCCGCCAUCAAGUCAAGUUCUUCCGCGACGACAAGUCUUUGACGGCGAAAAACCUUAUUUGCUAUAUCCCAGACUGCGGCGAUAUUGAGGAUCUGUUUUUCGUAGAGGAUCAAAGUGCGGAUCUCACGCAAGGAAGCCCUGACGAUGGAUUUGGCGAUCUCCACUUUCAAAACCAUCUGAACAGCGUGCGCGAUCAAAAAGUUCCUUUGCAGAUGUCCCUGGAGCCCUUGCUAACUAGGCUGACCACGCUCCGUUUCAUCGGUGAUGUUUACUGGCCCGCACCUUCGAGUAAUAGCACCUCAAGUAGAAGCAGGUCUUCGACAGUGUUGUCAUUCGGUGCAGGAAACAGCAACAACGAGUCACCGAAGAAGAGUCGCGAUAGACGUGCGAUGUCUACGUCUUCAACUUCGAUGUUCACCUCCCCUAAAAAGUCUGUGAAGCACACUCGCACCAGGUCGACGGCGUCUGUGACUUCCACCGUGCAUCAUGCUGAUGUUAAUGAUGCCUGCGCCAUAACCUCGGAGUUGCUAAUCAAGCCCAUCCCCCAUAGCGGCGUGACGCAUCUAGAAAGUUUAAUUCGUGCUGCCCUUCCCAUGAUGGGUUGUCUGAGCCUGUACGGUAGGCCGGUUCAUUUCAAGAAUACCAGAGAAGACAUCGAUUCGUUGCUUUUUGCACUUCCCAAGCUCCCGGUCAUAGACUACUUUGCUGCGGAAGAAUUGCCGCUAUUGUUUCAAUAUGUCGGCUCUGUGAAUAGCACCGCGGGCUCGCUGAACAAGACACUCACCGCCUACAAGCGCUUCUUGCAUGAGAGGUUGCAAGAGCCUGGGCGCGAUAAAAGAUCUUUUACGACUCUCUCAGACUUGCUUCAAAACAAUUCAAAGAAUACAUAUGGUGUUGGCUCGUCGAGGUCUACAAGUAGCUCGCCGUUGAUGUGA